UUUCUAAAUAAUAAACUCUCGUCUUGUCUCGUCUCGUCUCGUCUCGUCUCGUUGUUUCGUCUCGUCUCCUUUAGUCCUUUACCUAUCUUUUGGAAAUAUCAAAAAUACUUUUGUUAUCAUCCACGGUUCUACUAACUACCAGCCAAAUACCAUCAAUCAAGUAGACCUUUUCAAAGUUUUGACCCGAGUUUUGCCAUUGAUUCUCGGAUAUUUUAUAAUGGCUUCCCACGCUCUUGAAUCGCGCUUUGAGCGGAUGUCUGUGAAUGAUGAAAAUGAUCCGGGGGAAGGAAAGAAAUAUAAGGCCAAGGUAGAUUUAAUCAAUUUAUAAAAUGCGCCGUCGCUAAUUGACACCAAGCAGAUCACAUCUACUACAUCUUCAAAUACACAGUUAUCACAAAAUGCCAAUCGAGCAAACCUUCUCAAGAUCGCCUUACAAAAUAAGAACACAGCAAAUACAAUCACGACUGUCACAAAUGGUAGCAAUUCAUCCCAUGAAUCUGCUUCUCCUUCAAGAAAGCCAGCUACAUCCUCUCGAGAAUCGGAGCAAAUGGCAAAAGCCGAGCGCAAAUCAAACCCCAUUUACCAGGAACCAGCUCCGGUAAAACAAUUUCACCUUGGAAUGUUUGAAAUUGGUCGACCUCUCGGCAAGGGAAAAUUUGGUCGUGUGUAUCUGGCAAGGGAACGAAGUACUGGAUUCGUUUGUGCCUUGAAAGUCCUACACAAAAAUGAGAUACAAAAGGGCAAGGUAGAAAAGCAGGUCCGGCGGGAAAUUGAAAUCCAAAGUAAUUUACGACACCCAAAUAUCCUCCAACUAUAUGGCCACUUCCAUGACAGCAAACGAGUCUUCCUGAUCCUAGAAUUUGCUGGCAAGGGAGAACUCUACAAGCAUCUUCGGAGGGAGACAAAGUUUCCAGAAUGGAAAGCAGCGCAAUACAUUGCGCAAAUGUCUGCGGCAUUGAAGUACCUCCACAAGAAGCAUGUCAUGCAUAGGGAUAUAAAACCAGAAAAUAUACUUGUUGGUAUUCAUGGCGAGCUUAAAAUUGCAGACUUCGGUUGGAGUGUCCAUGCGCCUAACAGCAGAAGAGCUACCAUGUGUGGAACUUUAGAUUAUCUUCCACCUGAGAUGUUGCAAGGUAAUAGCAACUACUACAAUGAGAAGGUUGAUUUGUGGAGUUUGGGAGUUCUGAUGUAUGAGUUUCUGGUUGGCGAAGCUCCUUUUGAGGACACCCCAGUCAUGACACAGAGAAGGAUAACAAGAUGUGAGAUGACGAUUCCAAGCUUCGUGUCCUCAGAAGCAAAGGAUCUGAUUAAAAGGGUAUGGUCAAUUUCUUGUUACCAUUGAUUACACUAACUUCUAACGUAGUUGCUGGUACUUGAUCCGGAAAAACGGAUUCCUCUCGAACAGGUGCAGAAGCACCCCUGGAUCAUCAAGCAUUGCGUGAAGGGGGAGCGGGCUAGUAUGCGGGAUUCAAAAUCCACUGGCAGCAAGUCUUCACUGGACUCCAGUGACGAAUGAAUGACGAAUCGUGUUUUGAGCAUUGGCGUUUGUGGAGUAUAUUGUCUGGUUGAGGUAAUUCUCGAGGAGAUUGAGUUGAAUAAGGUUUUGGAGUUUGCAUCUAAUGUUUCCUAUACGCCGGCGCCCAUCUUGAUAUACAUCUCUAUACCCAAGUACUUAGGUACUGAAUACGAUUAUUUAACAACCCAAAGCUACCAUAUAUUACAUGGGCAUAUC